CGAAAAAUAAUAUAAAAGGAGAAAAACAGUACGGAAAACGAAAGGUUUAAAAAAAAAAAAAAGAGAUAAAAGAAAUUCAAUUGAUGGCAAAUUUACCUCAGUCUCUUUCAAUCGGCGGUUACGGCGGCGGCUUAGGUGGCGGCGCGUCGAGUUCAGGUGGCGGAGGUCCGGCUAAUAAUAAGGAUAGAAAAAUGCAAUCGGCUGAACAGCUUGUGCUUGAUCUUAGUAACCCUGAUCUUCGUGAAAAUGCUCUUCUAGAACUUUCUAAGAAGAGGGAACUUUUCCAGGAUUUGGCCCCCUUGUUGUGGAACUCAUUUGGUACCAUCGCUGCACUCCUACAGGAGAUAGUUUCCAUCUACCCUGUUUUGUCGCCGCCAAACCUGACUCCUGCACAAUCCAAUAGGGUUUGUAAUGCACUAGCACUUCUUCAGUGCGUAGCCUCUCAUCCUGACACCAGAAUGUUGUUCCUCAAUGCUCAUAUUCCUUUGUAUUUGUACCCUUUUCUGAAUACAACAAGCAAGUCAAGACCUUUUGAAUAUUUGAGGCUUACUAGCUUAGGUGUCAUUGGUGCCCUCGUGAAGGUAGAUGACACUGAAGUUAUCAGUUUUCUUCUCUCAACAGAGAUAAUUCCCCUGUGCUUGCGCACGAUGGAGAUGGGGAGUGAACUAUCAAAAACAGUUGCAACUUUCAUUGUGCAAAAAAUCCUUCUUGAUGAUGUGGGUCUGGAUUACAUCUGUACCACAGCGGAAAGGUUUUUUGCUGUAGCCCGAGUUUUAGGGAAUAUGGUCGGUGCACUUGCUGAACAGCCUUCAUCAAGAUUGCUGAAACACAUAAUUAGGUGCUAUCUUCGUUUGUCGGAUAAUGUGAGGGCAUGUGAUGCACUGAGAAGUUGUCUUCCCGAUAUGCUUAGGGAUACCACCUUCAGCAGUUGUCUUCGUGAGGAUCCAACGACGAGGAGGUGGCUGCAACAAUUGAUCCAUAACGUUAACGGGAAUCGGGUUGCUCUACAGGCAGGAGGAUUUGAUCAUAUGCUGGUGAACUGAAUUCAUACAACUAGGACUUAAAUUAAGACUUCCUAGGAUCUUUUGGUUGGAGUAUUUAAGGUGCAUACUUAGGAAUGCUACUCAAUAGGAGGUGGUUUAUGUUGCAGUAUUUAAGGUGCAUACAUAGGAAUGCAUUUCUCUGCUCAUAUUUAUUUCUCUAGUAUAUUAUGUGAAUUAUGAAUAUUAAUAAUGUUAUUAGGAGAUUAAUAGUAUGUUAUUGGACCCUUUAGCAGACUUUAUUGACGCA